UCCUAUUUUGAAUAAACACCCCGAAGUCCCCCUCGGGCCCCCGAAGUGCGUCCGUGGGGGCGGCGGCGCGUCUCCCAGUCUGCCGCUGCUCGGGGGUUGGAGCACAUCGAGGCAGGCCCUUCCCGCCCCCAAGCACCGAGCGCGGAACCCGCGCCGGGAGGGGAGCGCGGGAACGCGGAGGCCGCGAUGACGCUCUCCUCUCCGCCAAGGUCCGAGGUGAUGUGGCCCGAUGAUCCCGCGGAAACGACACGGAGCUAAGAACACGGACCAAGGUGUCUACCUGGGCCUCUCGAAGACACAGGUCCUGUCCCCUGCCUCUGCGGGCCCAGGCCGCUGCGACAUCGCCCCUGCGACCCCGCCCGCGGCGCUGGCCCCGAACCCGCCAGAUAGCAUGUCCUGCCGGGACCGGACCCAAGAGUUCCUGUCCGCCUGUAGGUCGCUGCAGAGCCGGCAGAAUGGAAUCCAGACAAAUAAGCCGACUCUGCGUGCUGCCCGACAGCAUAGUGAAUUUACCCUUAUGGCCAAGCAUAUUGGGAAAGACCUCAGCAACACAUUUACCAAGCUGGAGAAGCUGACAAUCUUGGCAAAGCGCAAGUCCCUCUUUGAUGAUAAAGCGGUAGAAAUCGAGGAGCUAACGUAUAUCAUCAAACAGGACAUCAAUAGCCUCAACAAGCAAAUUGCUCAGCUUCAGGACUUCGUGAGGGCCAAGGGCACCCAGAGUGGCCGGCACCUGCAGACACAUUCCAACACCAUUGUGGUCUCACUGCAGUCAAAACUGGCUUCUAUGUCCAAUGACUUCAAAUCGGUAUUAGAAGUGAGGACAGAGAACCUGAAGCAGCAGAGGAGCCGGCGGGAGCAGUUCUCCCGGGCACCUGUGUCCGCCUUGCCCCUCGCCCCCAACCACCUGGGUGGUGGCCCUGUGGUUCUGGGGGCCGACUCCCCUGCCUCCCGGGAGGUGGCCAUUGACAUGGCGGAUGCACGGACCAGCCAGCAGCUGCAGCUCAUUGAUGAGCAGGACUCCUACAUCCAGAGCCGGGCAGACACCAUGCAGAACAUCGAGUCCACGAUUGUCGAGCUGGGCUCCAUCUUUCAGCAGCUGGCACACAUGGUAAAGGAGCAAGAGGAGACCAUUCAGAGCUGGCUCCAAGGCAGGACAGCAUGGCAGAGGAGAAACAGCUCAUGGUGGGCAGAAGGCAGGAAGGCAGCGAAACAGCAAGGAAGCAAGCAGCCAGUGAAAAGCAGCAACCCUCUUUCUGUCCCUUGUAUUUUAUCAAGGCUGCCCACCCUUAGGGCAGGUAACACUCAUUGCCUUAAUCCUGGCAUCUCACCGUCAGUCAUUCCCAGCAUCACUGAUCCCAGCAGCAAACGUCCUAGACCCAGCCAUCUCCAAAGAGCCCUGCCUAUGACUGCAUGAGGCUUUUAGGGGAUGUCUAGAUACAAGCUGUACAUGUGCUGAGAGAUGUAGUAAGAGCCCAAAUCUCAGACACCUGGUGACGUCAGCCAGCCUCUCCAUGGGGAGGAGCUUUGUCCAGUCCCUGUGCUGAGCACUGAGAUGCACUCCAGCCCUCACAGCUGCCUGCCCACCCAGAACCUCCAGCCACUGGCCCAGCUGGGCCACUUGGCUACACAACUUGCAAAGCAGUCUUCCUGGGGGAUUCUUUUCCAAGGGUUUCAUGACAGGAUAUGUCCCUGGAGAUUUGUGAUGAGAUGAUCUCAUCACUUUGUCAGAAUCAUACAGCAAAUGUAAUUCACUAAGAUGGGUGUGAUGUCAUCCAUCUUGUACUCUUUUUUGUUUAUUGUUGUUUUGGUGUUUUGUUUUGAAACACAGUCUGACUAUGUAGUUCAGGGUGUCCUUGAACUCAUGGUGAUCCUCCUGUCUCAGCCUCCUGCAUGCUGGGAUGACAGGCAUGUACCACCAUGCCCAUCUCCAUCUUGUACUCUUAUGGGAUCUUAAUGAUCUGUGCACAUGGUUGACUUGAAACAUUGUUAUGUGGUCCUAUUAGCCACCUUUCUAUUUUCUGUAACAAAAUACCUGAGAAUAACUUAAAGGGGGAAAGAUUUGUUUCGUCUCAUGGUUUCAGAGGUUUCUAUCCAUAGUCAGCUGGCCACAUUGUUUCUGGGCAGAGAUAUAUCUCAGUAUGAAGGCCCUGUGUUCAUUUCCCAGUCAACAUAUACCACACACAGUAGAGCUGGAGUGGAGGGGCCCAGGGACAGGAUGGCCUUCAGAGAGCCCCAGUAACCUACUUCUUCCAAAAAGUCUCCCCUCUCCCAGUAAUGGCAGCAUUUUAUAGCUCCCUAGGGAUUAACAGGAUGCAUUUAGAGCCUUGCCUCAGGCAUAGUCACUGGUGCUGGAAACCCCCCUGCCCUGUAGCCAGGCCUCCAGCAGGAGGCUGAGCGCCAGGGCUCAGACACAGCCAUGUUGGCUUCUAGGAUCUCGUCCGUAGGUGGCUGGGAGGUGUUCCUCCUCAGUAACCUCUCAAGAUUGUCUUAACCUGAGAAUUUUGAUUUCUGUGGCACAUAGCCCAAUGUUGGGCUCUUCUUAUUCCCAAUCUCCUGUCUGUAUCAUUACAUUUUUCUUCUCUUCCUCAGAACCAGAGUUUUCUAAUAGUCUGUGACCUUUUUCCACUGUAUUACAAAUAUAAUACAUGUUCAUUCAACAAAAAUCAGUAAAUACUGCUGAGCAAAAAUUACAGUAAUCCAGGGCCGGGGAUUUAGCUCAGUGGUUCCGCCGCCUGCCUCGCAAGGGCAAGGACCCAAGUUCGAUCCCUGGUACCAAAAAAAAAAAUUACAUUAAUCCUUGGGACGCUCAUAUUAGUUGGGGGUUUCAUAAUUCAUUGAAGGCUGACAACAGCCUGAGAAGAUGCAGACAGAUGAAGAAAAUGAGAAUUGAUGUUAAAUAAUUUAUAGUCAUAAACUAGUAAAAGUGACAGUUUGUUUUAAAACUAGAGCUAAGAUAGGGAUCCCAAAGUGGGUCCUGAGUACACCAACACUCCUUACUCCCACUCACUGAGGCCAUCUGUUGGAGCCAGUACUCUGCCAUCA